AUGUGUAAUGACAUUAAUCAAAUAGAUUAUAAUGUGGGAAAUGACGAACAACUUCAAUUUUAUUACCAGCUGGAUUCUUUAAUGUCUCAAAGGGGAUUUACUUCAACAGCAAGAAAUGUUGCAAGAGGAACUUGGAAUAUUCAUGGAACAAGAAAUAUUUCAUGUUUUGCUUUAUGA